AUGGCUACGUUGAAUACAAAGACUGGCCAGGUCGUUGACCGGUCCGUCUUGGAUUCUAUGCUCCGUCGCCGCCUGUUCUAUACUCCUUCCUUCGAGAUCUACGGAGGUGUCUCCGGUCUCUACGAUUACGGUCCGCCCGGUUGUGCCGUCCUGAACAACAUUGUCGAAACUUGGCGGAAACACUUUGUUCUGGAGGAGGAUAUGCUGGAGGUCGACUGCACCAUGCUGACCCCCGAAGAGGUCCUGAAGACUAGCGGACACGUCGACAAGUUCGCCGACUGGAUGUGCAAGGAUCCCAAAACAGGAGAGAUCUUCCGCGCGGAUCACCUAGUGGAGGAGGUUCUUGAGGCCCGUCUUAAGGGUGAUAAAGAGGCUCGUGGUCAAAAGGUCGAGGUUGACGCGGAGAAGGAGGCCAAGAAAAAGAAGAAGGCAAAGAGCGUGGCAGUCAAGCUGGAUGAUGCGGUCGUCAAGGAAUACGAGGAAACCUUGGCCCAGAUUGACAACUUUGACGGACCGCAGUUGGAGCAAAUCAUCGCCAAAUACGAUAUCAGAAACCCUGUUACCGGUGGCAACGUCCUCCCUCCAGUUUCUUUCAACCUUAUGUUCCAGACCACGAUUGGACCUAGCAGCAACAUGCCCGGCUACCUGCGCCCGGAGACUGCUCAGGGACAGUUCCUGAACUUCCAGAAACUGCUCGAGUUCAACCAACAGGCCAUGCCAUUUGCUUCAGCCUCCAUUGGCAAGUCCUUCCGAAACGAAAUCUCGCCUCGUGCCGGUCUUCUGCGCGUUCGUGAGUUCCUGAUGGCUGAAAUUGAGCACUUUGUCGAUCCCGAGGGUGGUAAGAAGCACGCGCGCUUCGAGGAGGUCAAGGAUAUUGAGCUGACACUGCUCAACCGGGACGUGCAGCUGUCCGGUAGCACGAAGACCGAGAAGAUGACUGUUGGUAAGGCCAUUGAGUCUGGACUGGUGGACAACGAGACUCUUGGAUACUUCCUUGCUCGCAUUCAGCUGUUCCUGCUCAAGCUUGGUGUCGACCCAACCAAACUCCGAUUCCGUCAGCAUAUGGCCAACGAGAUGGCGCACUAUGCGUGCGACUGCUGGGAUGCGGAGCUGCACACUAGCUAUGGCUGGAUUGAGUGUGUCGGCUGCGCUGAUCGCAGCGCUUAUGACCUGAACGUACACAAGAACAAGACUGGAGCUCCUCUAGUUGUUCGCGAAACUCGUGCAGAGCCAUUGAAGGUCGAGGAAUGGCAAAUCGAUCUCGACAAGAAGAAGUUUGGGCCCCGUUUUAAGAAGGACGGCAAGACCGUUGAGGCUGCCAUUGAUGCUCUGUCCCAGGAGCUCCGGGAGAAGCUAUCUCUUGACCUCGAGAAGAGCGGCAAGAUCGAGAUUGAUGUCGAAGGUGUUGCCUCUGGCCAGGUUGAGCUCGAGAAGGACAUCAUCAAGAUCGAGAAGCGUACUCGUGUCGAGAAUGUCCGCGAGUACACUCCCAACGUUAUCGAGCCAUCAUUUGGUAUCGGCCGUAUCCUGUACAGUCUCAUGGAGCAUGUCUACUACUAUCGUGAAGGUGAUGAAGCGCGCGGUGUUCUGGCCUUCCCCCCGGUCAUCGCACCAACUAAAGUUCUCCUCGUUCCCUUAUCUAGCAACGAUGCAUUCCGCCCUAUGAUUCAACAAUUGACCACGAAGCUUCGGCGGUUGGGCGUAUCCAGUCGUGUCGAUGACUCUUCCGCCAGUAUCGGUAAGCGAUACGCGCGUAACGACGAGCUCGGAACACCAUUUGGUGUCACUGUCGACUUCCAGUCUGUCAAGGACAACACCAUCACGCUACGUGACCGUGAUUCCACAAAGCAGGUUCGCGCGAGUCAGGAAGAGAUCCUGCAGGCCCUCAAGUCCCUGGUGGAAGGUGAGGAGACCUGGGAGGAUGUCCGAAAGCGCCUGCCUGAGUUCACCGGACAGGAGGUGGAUUAG